AUGGCUGCCCUCCGCGCCUAUAUUGACGCCCCUUUUGCCGGUGCGGCGAACAUACUUGGAGCAUCUGUUGAUGAUGUCAAACUCAUCGGAUCCUUCCUUCUCUCCUACCCGUUGGCCGCCAUUCUCAAGCGAAUUCCGGAUAAAGACCCAUGGAAAAAGAAUGUCUUCAUUAUCGCUGCGUCGCUAUUCUAUUUUCUCGGCCUAUACGAACUCUGGGACGGCUUGCUCACGUUGACGUAUAGCUCCGUGGCCACCUAUCUCAUUGCAUACUACAUCGAUGGCUCUCUGAUGCCUUGGAUCGGCUUCACUUUCUUGAUGGGACACAUGUCUAUCAGCCACAUUUAUCGGCAGAUGGCAGACGAUGCUUCGGUUGUCGAUAUCACCGGCCCUCAAAUGGUGCUUGUCAUGAAACUUUCGGCAUUCUGCUGGAACAUUCAUGAUGGCCGUCGCCCGGACAAGGACCUCACGGACGCUCAGAAAUAUGCGGCAAUCAGGGAAUUCCCCAAUAUACUAGACUAUGCUGGUUAUGUGCUAUUCUUUCCGUCGCUCUUUGGAGGUCCUGCUUUCGACUAUGUUGACUAUCGCCGGUGGCUCGAUACAACGCUCUUUGAAGUCCCUCCCGGUACUGAUCCCUCGAAAGUUCCCCCUACUCGGAAGAAGCGAAAGAUUCCACGCAGUGGUCGCCCAGCUUUGAAGAAGAUGAUCAUAGGUAUAAUCUGGAUUUUGGCUUUUGUGCAGCUGGCCCCCCAGUAUCCGUUCUCGUUUUACUUCAGCGACGAAUACUCGACCUUCUCGCUCCCACGUCGCAUCUGGCAAUUGCAUAUGCUUGGGCUUGUGACCCGGUUCAAGUACUACGGCGCCUGGUCCCUGACUGAAGGUGCCUGUAUUAUGUCUGGUCUCGGGUACAAUGGUUUCGAUGCCAAGACGGGCAAGGUCUACUGGAACCGUUUAGAGAAUGUCAACCCUUGGGGCUUAGAGACGGCGCAAAACACCAGAGGCUAUCUUGAAAACUGGAACAAGAAUACAAACCACUGGCUUCGUAACUACGUCUAUUUGCGAGUUACACCCAAGGGCAAGAAGCCGGGAUUCAGGGCCAGUUUGGCAACCUUUGGUACCAGCGCGAUUUGGCACGGUUUCUACCCUGGUUAUUAUCUGGCGUUUAUCUUCGCUUCAUUCGUCCAGACUGUGGCAAAGAAUUUCCGACGCUAUGUUCGUCCUUUCUUCUUGAGCCCAGAUGGUUCCAAGCCAACCGCGAUGAAGCCUUAUUAUGAUGUGGCAUCCUGGUUUGUAACCCAACUAAUCAUGUCAUUCACUGUCGCUCCGUUCGUUCUUCUCUCCUUCAAUGGCACAAUCUCAGUGUGGCGUCAUGUGUAUUUUUACGGCGUCGUGGGCGUUGCUUCGGCAAUGGCGUUCUUCGCCAGCCCUGCUAGAGGCUAUCUCAUCGCACAACAGAAGAAACGUAGCCGUCCAGCACUGGCACGAACAGUGAGCGCUGAUGCUCCUGUGCUCGGUCUUCCGAACGAUCUGGAGAAGGACGUUGAUGACGCGAUCAAAGAGAUUUCGGAAGAAAUUCAAGAGAUGUGCAAGCACGGCGCUACGGCAUCUAUACCAUCAGCUCAAGAGGCUCGUGCUUUGGUCGAGGAGAAACUUGGCAAGAAGGAUUGA